AUCUGAAUUUUAAAUUAUUUUACCAACAUGUCAGCUGAUAAUAUAAAAGUUGCUAUUAAAGCAAGACCAGUACUAAAAAAAGAGAAAGACUCUAACGUUUAUUGGAAAAUUUCAAAUAAUUCAAUUCAACUAGUUGAAAGUCAAGCAGAACCUUUUUAUUUUGAUCAUAUAUUUGAUCAUUGUUCUUCAAAUGAAGAUAUAUUUAAUACGGUCGUAAAACCUAUAGUGAACUCUUGUAUGGAAGGCAUAAAUGGAACAAUAUUUGCAUAUGGACAAACAUCAUCAGGGAAAACAUAUACUAUGUUGGGUGAUGAAGAAAAUCCAGGUGUGAUUAAUUUGGCUGUAAAAGAAAUAUUUAAUUUCAUUCAAAAAUCGUUAGAGAGAUUAUUCUUGUUGCGUGUUGGUUAUAUAGAAAUAUACAAUGAAAAAAUUUACGAUCUUCUUAACAAAGACAACAAAGAUUUAAAAAUUCACGAAACAGCUGGAGAAGUAACUGUUGACUGCACUGAAUUUAUAGUAACCAAUGAAGAAGAUAUAUGGAAACAUUUGCAAAAAGGAAAUAAACUCAGAAAGUGUGGAGAAACCAACAUGAAUGAAAGAUCCAGUCGCUCACACGCCAUUUUUAAGCUAACAGUGGAAUCUCGGGAAGUUCAGAAAAGUCAAGUGCAUGAAACUGACACUGAAGCAUUCCAAAUUAGUAGUUUAAAUCUAGUAGAUUUGGCCGGCUCCGAGAGGGCUGAUCAGACAGGUGCAACAGGCUCUAGGCUAAUAGAAGGUAGUCACAUAAACAAAAGUCUUCUUUCAUUGGGAAUCGUUAUAAAAAGUUUAAGUGAAAAUGCAGAGUCAUAUUCUUACAUUAAUUAUCGUAAUUCAAAAUUAACUAGAAUACUACAAGCAUCUUUAGGAGGUAAUGCACUUACAGCUAUUAUAUGUAAUAUAAAAUUGACAACAAUUGAUGAAACUAACUCAACGUUGAACUUUGCAAUGAGAGCAAAAACUGUGAAAAACAAGCCUCAUGUAAAUGAGGUCAUUUCAGAUGCUGCAAUGAUGAGAAUAUUAGAGAAAAAAGUUGCAAAAUUACAAUGUGAACUAGAUCAGGAAAGAAAAAAAAAUAGUAAAUUGAAAAUUUUAGAGCUUGAACAACAAAUCAAAAAUGAAACUCAUAAGAUUGUUAACUCAGAAUCUUUAAAAAAAUGUCAAUUUGAUCGUAAUAGACGAAGAACGUGGUGCCCAUCAUCUGCUGAUAGUGAUUCUACGCAAAAUACUCAAAAAAGUUCUCAAUACGAAUCUAAGAGGUCUUUAAAAUGUGAACCAAAACUUUUAGCUAGUAGGAUUCCUAAUUUUCAAACACCAUUAAUUACUUAUAGAAACGAUACCAAUUGGAAUUUAACUAAAAACGAAGAUGAUGAUCUAUUUAAAGAAAGUCCCAUAAUAUUAAAUGAUAAUGUUAAUUAUUGCGAAACACCUAAUUUUAAUAGAAAUUCAGAAAAUUUAGAUUCUUCACCUUCAGAGUCCCUUCAAGAAAAGUAUGAGAUGUUAGAGAGAAAGUAUAAAGAAUUGGAAACGUUUACAAAUUUGGAAAACAAAAUCGGCGUUGAUCAUGAAUUGGUAAAUUCACUACUUUCCCAGUUACAAGCUUGUCGUUUGGAACUUUCAAAUAAGGAUGAAAAAAUACAAAACUUAAUGAUUGCUCAAUUAGAUCUAGAUACAGUUAUUGAAAAAUAUAAAAUUGAAACAGAAAAUAAAGAUGCCAUUAUAACUGAACUCCGGGAAAGCUUAUUACAGAAAGAAAGAAGUAUAGAUUUGGAAAUUAGAGACAAAGUAAGCAUUGAAUUUGAAUUUGAACAAUUAAAGCAUAAAUCUAAAAUUCGUGAGGAUGAGUUAUUAGAUCUUAUACAAGAGAAAGAUGAAUGUCUAAGAAAACUUGAAAAAAACAGGAAUAAUAUUGAAAUAUUUCAGCAAAAAAGUUAUAAGAUUAAUAACAAUUUUUGUAAGUUAUGUGGUAACUGUGUUGAAAAAUUAUAUAAUAGCAAAGCGACAAUUCCAAGUCCUAAAAGAGAGGAAAAUGAAAUAGCAUUUGCUAUUAAUCGAAGCAAUCAUAUCUUGGAGAAAAUGUGUAAUAAUUUGAAGUCUAAAUAUUUGAAAGCUGAAGAAACUUUUCAUGAAAUUGAGCUUGAAUUACAGAAAACUAAAAUUGAUCUUGAAUGCAAAAGUUUAAAAUUAACUGAGUUGAGUGUACAAAAUGAACAGCUCGUGAAUUUAAAAUGUGCUAAUCAAAUAGAAAAAAAGGAGCACUGUUUACUUCAAAAGAAAUUUCAAUCACUUUUUGAAGAAAAACUUGAUUUAGAAGCAAAAAUAAUAAAAAAUAAUGAGCAAAUUAAUGCUAUGGAACAGGAAUGCUCCUCCCUAAAAAUUUUUAUAUCUUCAUUGAUUGACAAUAUAAGGAAACUGGAACAAGAACAUGAAAUAGUACUCCAAAGCAUUUGUGAAAAUAUGCGAAUGGCUCGUAUUGAAAAUAAAACGGUUUCAGAGAAAUUAAGUAUUUUGGAGUCAAUUUUACAAGAAAAAAAUAGGAAAUUAAACACUUGUGAAAAUAUAAUCCAAAAAUUCUCUUUAAAUAUCCCAUUUUUCAAAAAUCAACUGAUUCAAAUCGAUUCAUUACUACGAAAUGAAACAGCCCAAACGAGUGAGAAAUUUGAAAUAUUAAAAAAACAAAUGCAUAAUCUUUUUAUUAAUGAACGCAAAAUACCUUUAUUAGAAAACACUUUAAAUAAUUCUGAGUUUUCACCAAUCAAACAAUGUAAAUGCGCUGAAAAGUUAGACUGGGGCGAAAUUUGUGUUUUGAAAAACAAAGUGGAAUUUUUUGAAGAGCAAACUAAAGAACUGCAACAUAAAAACGAUAAUAUGAAACUUGAAUUGUCGUCAUUAAGAAAUGAAAAUGAAAAUUUAUCGGAAAAAAUCUUAGACACGGUAACCAGUUUAGACAUGUUAACCUUCGAAAAUAAUGAAAUGAAAAUAUCAAGUGAGAUACUUAGUAAGCAAGUGAGUAAUUUGCAAAACGAACUUAAUUUAAAAGCUACUGAAACUCAAGGUUUAAAACUCCUCAAUGACAAGGUUAAUCUCAAAAUUAAAGAAAUUCAAAUUCAAAACGAAAAUCUUUUAAAACAGGUGGACAAAUUUCAACUUACUGAACAUACAUUAAAUGAGAGAAAUCAUGUUUUACAAUGCUCUUAUGAAAAAAUUGUUUUGGAUAAUAGCAACAACAAGUUAGAGAUUGAUCAGUUAAAAUGCCAACUACAAAACCUUAAAACAAUGAACGAAAAUUUAGUUGAAAAACUGAAUGAGGCAAAAGUUUUAAAUGAAUCAUUGAAUACCGAAAUUAAACUUAAAUCAAAAGAGUACCAGGACGUACAAGAAUCCCAACAAAACUUAUACACUAUAAACAAAAAUGUAUUACUCGAAUUAGAGGAUUUAAAAAAUAAAUAUAAAUUUUUGAAUCAACAGUUUGAUAAUAAAUGUGAUGAGUUGGGAAAAAUAAAGGCCGUUCUGAAAGCUGAUAAUAACAAAGCAAUAAAAGAAAAUAAUGAUUUGGUCAGUGAAAAUGAAGAAUUAAUUUUAAAACUCGAAAACAUUUUAGGUAGUUUAGAGGGCAUAAAGAACGACAACCAAAUUUAUUUAAGUGAAAUAAGCCAUUUAAAAGAACAGAAAGAAAAAUUACAAAAUGAAGUCGAAGAAAUUAAAAAGCAAUUACAUUUUUACAAGGUUUUAGCAGGUACGAAAGAAAAGGAGACAAACAGCCUAAAUUCAGAAGUUGAUAAUUUAAAACACAGAAUUGAAGAAAUUAAAUCCAAAAAGGAAAUUGAAUUAAGAGGGUUAGUUGAAAAUAACAAAAAGUCACUAGAAAAGUUAAACCAAGAAUUUGAGAAAGAAAAAAACAUCCUUGAAAAUCAGAUAAAAAAUUUACAAGCUCAUUGGAAGGAUAUAGAGAACGAACGACUUUUAGGGAAGAAAGAUCAAAUUGAAAUUGCUGAAAUGGAAACAACCAUAAAAACUCUGCAAAAUGAAAUUAUUAAUUUAAAAGCGAAAAACGAUGAUAUUUCAAGCGAAUUUUCAAAAACUAAAAACGAAUAUUCCAAAAUGCAAAUUGAGUUAAAUGAAAUUAUAAAGUUUAAAGAAGAGAAUGAAAAGUUGAAAAAAGAUAUUCUUGAUACUAAAUCAUUGCUCUGUCAAUAUGAGAAAGAAAUCCAGUCAAAUAAAAUUUAUCUUUUAGCCCACUCAAAAUCAAAAGAGGAAUAUAAAAGAAUAAUAGAUAAUUUGAAAACCGAAGUUACUCAGUUGAAACUAAAAAAUCAGACGCUCUGUGAUGAAAUAGAAGCGAAACAACAAAGGCAUACAGAAAGUUGGAGAAAACUUAGACGACAAAGCUGCCAUGACGAAACCAGAUCAUUUUUUUCUGAACCAUUCAAAGAAGUUUCCGUUAUGACUGAUCCAACAAACGAAUUUUGUAAUUGUAAAGAAUUUGCUGAUUUAAUUUCUGAAUUAAAAAAAACUCUUCUAAUUAGGGAUAGUCAAAUAAUUGCUUUGAAUUUAAAACUUAAUAACAAUAUGAUGAUAGACGAAAUUCAAAAAUUGAAAAAAGAGUUACUUGAAAAAGAAAGUGAAAAAAAAAAGUUGAAUGAUGAUAUAAGUACCUUAAAAGAUAAAAUUGAUCAGCAGUCUAAGAAAUAUUCGGAGCAUUUAAGACAGGUGAUAAUUGAGGAGAAAAUAGAAAGAAAAAAAUUAUUACAAGAACAAGCGAAAAUGUAUGAAGUGAAGCUACAAAAUAUUGUUAACGAAAAGGAAAACACUCUUCAGUAUAAUACAGAGUUAAAAAAUAAACUGAGAACACAAUUAAAUAAGAAUGAAAAAACAAUGCAAGAAGUAAUAAUAAAUAAAGAAUUAGAACAAGAAAAGCUUAUAAAAGAAAUUCAGCAGUUGAAAGCAGAGAUUAGCAAAUACGAAAGAAAAGUUGAAAUGAAAAAGAGUUGUAUUCUACAAGAAAAAAACGUGCAAACAGAAGAAUAUAAAACAAAUGAUGUAAAACAUUUGCAAGAACUUAAUCAAGAUUUGAGAAAUAUAUGUCGACAUCGGCAAGGUAAAAUAAAUGCAUUAAAAGAAGAAAUUCAAAAUUUAAAAAAACGUAUAGUCUACAGUGAUAUUGUUAUUAUAUUAAUUAUAUAUUGUACAACAAUGGCAAAUGCCGAUAUCUCUGAACAAGAAUCUCAAGUUUUAUUUAAAGAAAAUAAAGCUGAAAUUAAUUUAACACUGCCAUACCAGGAUGAAUUUAAAGAUAGAAAGUCUGCUGGAUGGACUUUUUGGGUUACUACCGUUGGAAUAUUGACAACAAUUGGUUCAGCCAUACCAGUUGGAUAUACAAUUGGUGUUAUAAAUAGUCCAUCAAAUUAUAUAAGAGAUUGGUGUAACCAAACAUUUGUAGAAAGGUUUGAUAUUACCCUAGAAGAUGGUUCACUUGAUAUUCUGUUAUCUGUAGUGGUUUCUAUAUUUCUCGUUGGCGGUGCUAUCGGAAGUUUGGGAGGGGCAUGGGCAGCAGAUCGAUUUGGCAGGCGAGGAUCAUACUUGAUAUGUUGCAAAUUAUUUAUUGUGGCAUCAUUUCUUUUUUACUAUUGUCGGAAGGCGAAUUCUUUUGAAAUGCUUCUGCUGGGAAGAUUAAUAGCUGGUUUAGCUUCAGGACUUUGUACAACUUCUUUACCUAUGUAUUUAACAGAGAUAGCCCCUCUGGCACUACGAGGCGCUUUGGGAACCUUCUGUGCUAUAGGUGUUACAGGUGGGGUUGUUGUCGGUCAAAUAGUAAGCUUAAGGUAUGUUCUCGGCACUGAGGAAUACUGGCAUUAUGCUUUAAGUGGCUAUAUAUAUUUAGUAAUUAUUGGUGUGAUCUUUGCUUAUUAUUUUCCUGAGAGUCCAAAAUAUCUCUAUCUCGUCAAAGAUAGAAUAGACGAUGCAAGAACGCAAUUGUACAGACUUCGAAAAGACAAUGAGGAAGAUGUUAACUUCGAAUUAGAAGAAAUGGAAGUGUAUAAAUCACAAAAUGUUCACAAAGAAUCCAUGUUAAGUGUCUUGAAAAAUUCUAAAUUGCUAUUACCUUUGAUCAUUGUUGCUGCUUUUAUGGGAGGUCAACAAUUGUCGGGAAUAAACGCAAUUUUUUAUUAUUCUGUAACAAUUUUCAAAAGAGCUCUACAAUUAAGUCAAACUGAUGCAGAAUGGGCUAAUUUGGGAGCAGGUUGUGUUAACUUAUUUACUUCCUUUUUAGGACCCUAUCUGAUGAAAAAUUAUAAUAGGAGAUCUCUUAUGAUGUUUUCAUGUGGAAUCGAUGCUAUACUACUCUUUGCUGUCGGGAUAAUUAUAUAUUUCAUAAAUGAAAAUUCUUGGCUUCCAAUAGCAUGUGUUGUGGCUAUUUUACUUUAUAUAUUCUUCUACCAAUUUGGAUUGGGACCUAUACCUUACUUUAUUGGUUCAGAACUGUUCGAAACUGAGUCACGUCCAGUAGCAAUGGCAAUGGGUAGCUUAUCAUCAUGGGUAUGCAAUUUUAUUAUUGGAAUAUCAUUUCCAAGUUUGCAGUCCGCAUGGGGAGCUUUUGUGUUCAUGCCUUUUUCGAUAACAUGUGCCUUAUUAUUCUUGUUAACAAAAUAUUAUCUUCCAGAAACAAGAGGUCGUAAUGUAUCUGAUGUGGCUAAAUUGGUAUCUAACGGCUUCAGAUCAAAAAUUAAUUAAUACAAAUUUUUAAAAACAAUAAAUUUAUAUUUAUGAAUUAUAAAGUUGUUAACAUAAAAUUUUUUUACAAAUUUUUACAAACUACAUAUAUGUGCAUAUAUUUGCUUAAAUUUUAUAUAUUCAGACAAUAAAAAAAGUGCAAAAUUAUUGCUUUUUCAUUAUAUAAA